AUGAUCGCCUCGAGCCUUCUCCCCUCGCGCUUCCGAGGGGAGCAGCCGGCCACCCAGGCCGCCGCACCUUCGUGGAUAAACAAGAAGGUCACCCCUCCGCUCCAGAAACUCUCCAAGAUCACCUCGAGCAACCCAAUUCACACCAUUGUUCUCGUCGCUCUGCUCGCCAGCUCCUCCUAUAUCGGCCUCCUGCAGAACAGCCUCUUUGAUGUCACCAGGAGCGUCAGAAAGGCCGACUGGGAGUCGCUCCAGGCGGGCAGUAGGAUGCUUCGCGCCGGUGCCGAUACGGAGUGGAACUGGCAAAAUCACGAUGCCGAAGCGCCCAUUCCUGCGAAUGCCAACCAUCUCGCUCUCCUCACCCUCGUCUUCCCCGAUUCCUCCGAGUCUGGCUCCGCUGCCGCGCAGAUGAACGCCGUUCCCAUCCCCGCGAACCUCUCGAUUACGCCUCUGCCCUCGACCGCCAUCUCCUUCACCUACUCCCAAGACAGCGCGCUCGCCUUUUCCCUCCCGUACAGCCAAGCUUCCGAGUUCUUGACAAACGCCCAGGAAAUCCCGAAUGCCGUCUCCUCGCAGGAGACCAUCGAGACCGAGCGCGGCUACGAGAAGAAGAUGUGGAUCAUGAAGGCUGCCCGUGUCCAGACUCGCAGCAGCAUCGUCAAACUCUGGAUAUCAUCAUCAUGGCUCUGGGCUACAUCUCGAUGCACCCUCACUUUUGUGUCGCUGUUCCUCUCAAUGCGCCGCAUGGGAUCCAACUUCUGGCUCGCCACCAGCGUUAUCUUCUCGUCCGUUUUUGCCUUCCUCUUCGGUCUCCAUGUUACCACCAAGCUCGGAGUUCCCAUUACCAUGGUUCUGCUCUCGGAGGGUCUCCCCUUCUUGGUCGUUACCAUUGGUUUUGAGAAGAACAUUGUUCUGACUCGCGCCGUUUUGUCACAUGCUGUUGACCACCGCCGGCCGACCGAGAAGUCUGGCAAGACUGCCAAGAAGGCCGAUUCGGCCCACAACAUCCAGUCUGCUAUCCAGCUUGCCAUCAAGGAGAAGGGCUUUGACAUUGUCAAGGACUACGCCAUUGAGGCCGGUAUUCUUGUCUUGGGGGCUGCUUCUGGCGUCCAGGGUGGCCUGCAGCAGUUCUGCUUCCUUGCCGCGUGGAUCCUCUUCUUCGACUGCAUCCUGCUCUUCUCCUUCUACACUGCCAUUCUCUGCAUCAAGCUCGAGAUCAACCGCAUCAAGCGUCACGUUCAGAUGCGCAAGGCUUUGGAGGAGGAUGGCGUCAGCCGUCGCGUUGCUGAGAAUGUUGCCCAGAGCAAUGACUGGCCCCGCGCCGAUGGCAAGGAUCAGCCUGGAACCACCAUCUUCGGUCGUCAGCUCAAGAGCACUCAUAUCCCCAAGUUCAAGGUCAUGAUGGUUACCGGCUUUGUUCUGAUCAACGCCCUUAACCUCUGCACCAUUCCCUUCCGCAGCGCCAACUCCAUAUCCAGCAUCUCUUCGUGGGCUCGUGGUCUUGGUGGCGUUGUGACGCCUCCUCCGGUCGACCCUUUUAAGGUUGCGUCCAACGGCUUGGAUAUCAUUCUCGAGGCCGCCCGCGCCGCCGGCAGGGAGACUGUUGUGACCGUCCUUACCCCUAUCCGCUACGAGCUUGAGUAUCCUUCUAUCCAUUACGAUCUCCCUCAGAAGUCGGCCGGUGUUGAGGAUGCCGAUUAUGCCAACCUCGGUGGCUAUGGUGGCCGCAUGGUCGGCAGCAUUCUCAAGAGCUUGGAGGACCCUAUUCUGUCCAAGUGGAUUGUGGUUGCUCUCGCUCUCAGCGUUGCGCUCAACGGCUAUCUCUUCAACGCUGCCCGCUGGGGCAUCAAGGACCCCAACGUUCCGGAUCACCCCAUCAACCCCAAGGAGUUGGAUGAGGCGCAGAAGUUUAACGAUACCGCGUCUGCCACCCUUCCCCUGGGAGAGUACAUGAAGCCCACCGCUCCCUCAACCCCCGUCGCUCCCCUCACCCCGUCCAGCACUGAUGACGAAAAUGAUGCUCAGGCCAAGGAGAACCGCGCUGUUAUCCUUGCCGCUCAACGCGCUACUACUAUCCGUUCCAAGGAGGAGCUCGAUAAGAUGCUCGCCGAGAAGCGUACUCAUGAGCUCAAUGAUGAGGAAAUCGUCCACCUCUCGCUCAAGGGCAAGAUCCCCGGUUAUGCUCUCGAGAAGACCCUCAAGGAUUUCACUCGCGCCGUCAAGGUUCGCCGUAUGAUCAUCUCUCGCACCAAGGCCACUACCGAGUUGACCAACGUUCUCGACCACUCCAAGCUUCCUUACCAGAACUACAACUGGGCCCAGGUUCAUGGUGCUUGCUGCGAGAACGUUAUCGGAUACAUGCCUCUCCCUGUUGGUGUCGCCGGUCCCCUUGUUAUCGACGGACAGAGCUACUUCGUCCCUAUGGCUACCACCGAAGGUGUCUUGGUCGCUUCCACCAGCAGAGGCUGCAAGGCCAUCAACUCUGGCGGUGGUGCUGUUACUGUUUUGACUGCUGAUGGUAUGACCCGUGGCCCUUGCGUUCAGUUCGAGACACUCGAAAGAGCUGGUGCUGCCAAGCUUUGGCUCGAUUCCGAGAAGGGACAGUCUACCAUGAAGAAGGCUUUCAACUCGACGUCUCGCUUCGCUCGUCUGGAAAGCAUGAAGACUGCUAUGGCCGGUACCAACCUCUACAUCCGCUUCAAGACUACUACUGGUGAUGCUAUGGGUAUGAACAUGAUUUCCAAGGGUGUCGAGCACGCCCUUAGCGUCAUGUACAACGAGGGUUUCGAGGAUAUGAACAUUGUCUCCGUCAGUGGCAACUACUGCACGGAUAAAAAGCCUGCCGCUAUCAACUGGAUCGACGGACGCGGAAAGAGCGUUGUCGCUGAGGCCAUCAUCCCUGGUGACGUGGUCAAGAACGUGCUCAAGACUGAUGUUGAUACCCUCGUCGAGCUCAACGUCAACAAGAACUUGAUCGGUUCCGCUAUGGCUGGCUCCGUUGGUGGCUUCAAUGCCCACGCGGCCAACAUUGUCGCGGCUAUCUUCCUUGCUACUGGCCAGGAUCCCGCCCAGGUGGUUGAAAGUGCCAACUGCAUCACCCUCAUGAGAAACCUGCGUGGAAACCUCCAGAUUUCCGUCUCGAUGCCUUCGAUUGAAGUCGGUACCCUUGGCGGUGGCACCAUCCUCGAGCCCCAAUCGGCUAUGCUCGACAUGCUUGGCGUCCGCGGUCCUCAUCCCACCAACCCUGGUGAGAACGCCAGGCGUCUUGCUCGCGUUGUCGCCGCUGCCGUCCUGGCCGGCGAGUUGUCUCUCUGCAGUGCUCUUGCCGCUGGCCACUUGGUUAAGGCCCAUAUGGCCCACAACCGCUCUGCUCCUCCUACCCGCACCAGCACGCCGGCACCUGCUGCCGCUGCUGGUCUCACGAUGAUGAGCGCCAACCCCAGUGCUGCUGCCGUUGAGCGUUCGCGUCGCUGA